CGCUCGCCAUCUAGUCCGGUGCAGUGUUUGCAAAUACCUUAAACGCCAAGCGAGAGAAGAAGGCGGGGGACGCUUGAACACAAGCGCUGCUGCUUCGUUUGCGUCGCAUGAGAGUUACGGCAGGGGACACUCUUCGCUCCUUUUCCUCUCUGGCUUGUUAUUAUUUAUAUUUUUUUCCUCUUUCUCGUCAUCACAACACAUUUAACGCGCAGAUCAAGUAGGCUUACUUUGACAGAAGCUGGGGCAAAAUGGAUGUUCUACCCAUGUGCAGCAUCUUUCAAGAACUUCAAAUAGUUCACGACACGGGCUAUUUCUCCGCCUUACCGUCACUGGAGGAGUACUGGCAGCAGACAUGCUUGGAGCUGGAGCGCUACCUACAGAGCGAGCCUUACGUCUCCACUCCUGAUCUGAAGUUUGAGGGCCAGGAGGACCUCUGGAGCAAGUUGAUCUUGGCCUGCGGGGAUAAGGCCAAAGCCGAGUCCGACCCCAAACUGCCCCUGGCCCCCCAAGAGGAGGACAAUCACGAUAGCCAAAUUUUUGACACCAACAGUGUGAAUUCGGAUGCCAGCAGCGAAGCGUCAGACAGUUCCGAGGAGCUCUCACCCACGCACAGCUUUACUUCCAACCCUCUCGGCUCUGCCUUGGUAGGCUCUGGACCUUUUAGCCCGUCUGUGAUCAGCACUCCGCCGUCCUCGCCGGAGGCCAACUCCGAGCCCAGCGCUGUCGUGAGCGGCUGGGUCGGCACGCACGGCGACUUGCACUUGCCGGCCAAAAUCAGGAGCAGCAGUGUUGCAAAGAGUUCGGAAAAGACGGGACUCAACAGCGGGGAUGUUUCUCCGGACGGUAGGAGGAGGAUACACAGGUGUCAGUUCAACGGGUGUCGCAAGGUUUACACAAAGAGCUCCCACCUAAAAGCACACCAGCGCACUCAUACAGGCGAGAAGCCGUACAGGUGCUCAUGGGAGGGCUGCGAGUGGCGUUUUGCACGGAGCGACGAGUUGACCAGACACUUCAGGAAGCACACUGGGGCAAAGCCAUUCAAAUGCAGUCACUGUGACAGAUGUUUCUCCAGGUCUGACCAUCUGGCUCUUCACAUGAAGAGGCACAUCUGAAGCCGGGGUGAGCACCAAACCAAGCAACACAGCAGAGGGCAAAAGUUUUUUUUUUUUUUUUUUUUUUUUUUUUUGUUGUUUUUUUUUUUAAGGGAAAAAAAAAAACACAGUCACCCUAACCAGUCUCUUGGUUGAACUUAUCCCAGAGAGCAGAGUGGUGGGAGUGUGUUCCAGCCAAAGCAUGCUGUUUUGCACCAUACUGAAACCCAGUGCCUCCGGGACCUCUCUUCGGAGGAGGGGCGCCCUGAAGGUUGCAACAAGCGGACAAAAUCAUCAAUGUUAGGGAGAGAGAGAUGCAAAGGGCGAGUUUUGAUUAAAAUGGUCAGGAAAAAAAGAAAAAAAAAAGUCAAGAAAAGAAUGAAUGAUGUUGUUUGUAUGGUGCAUGAUGUUUUGGGGACAUCUCCCCGUCGGACAGCUGAUACACUGGUACUUUGCAAAAACUGUCUGAGGUGAGCACGAAUGUACUGUGAAUGACUGGCAUCGGCUGCCUGCCCCCUUCCGGGAAGAAAGGAGGAUUCUCGGAGGGAAGACGAGAGGAUGGAUGGCUAGUUGGAUGGUCCGAGGGGGCUGGCACCGACGUUGCUGUGGGGUUUCUGGGGGAAACAUUCCAGUUAUGUUUCCCCAGUGGCAGUCUGUCUGGCACCUAAACUUGGGGGUGAGCAGGUUUUUCUUCCAGCGAAUAACAUGCCACCUUUCUGGUCCAGGACCGAAACUCACCCCCAUGGUCGCUGUAUGAGAUGAGUUUUUUUGUUUUGUUUUUGUUUUUGGUGUUUUUUGGUGCAGCUACUAAAUGUGCAAUGUGUUAUGUAGCCUGAUUUCUUAUUUUUUUACAAGCUACAAAGCUUCCUUUGUAGUCCAAUUGUAUAAGCUGUGUGCUUAGAGGUAUAACACAACUAUAACUUCAGUAUCAUAGACAGGUGUUGCAUGGUUCUAGGGUUUGUUCAUUUCCCGUUUCCACUAUAAUCAGGACUGCAGAUAGUUUCAAUUAAAAUGCAGCUAAAAUGCAAAUGGUUAAAAAAUGUUACAAUAUUGUACAUAAAGCCUUGAUGAUUCCCUCUUUUAUUUAACCAAAUCCUCCUCAUUCUUGUGUUCAUUUCACCACUGCUCGCUCGUUCUUUUCAUUCAUCUUCUGCCUUGGGGUGACAAUUUUUGAAUUUUUUUGUACUUUCUUUCUAUCUAAUAAUGCACUGUUGACCUGAAUGGUGCCUUAUGCAAGUGACUGCCCCGAGGCAGUGGUGGUGUGCCCCCCCUCGGGAGGUCGUAUUUGUUAUAUGGGAGAUUUGACAAGCUCGAUCAAGGCUCAAUUACAAAUGUCUUCUCUUUAUGUUUAGUGACAGCAAUCUCUGUUUCUUAACUGUGGUCAUUAAAGUACUUGUUUUUGAUUCAUAGCACCGAUUUAGCUAUAAUUCUGUAAAUAGGUAAAAUGCUGAAUGUUUAGAGCACUUUUUUUUGUUAUUAAAGAUGUUAACUACUGUGUAGUAUGUACUGAUGUCCAUCAAACACAGCUCAAAAGGUACAAAAAGACCCCCAUCAUUUUGGAGUUGAUCCUUUUCUCAGUAUCCCCACCCCCCCUCCCCCCUGUCCCUUUUAGGCCUGCAAGUGGGACUGAAGAAACAGCUAAAGAUUUAUUGUAAUUAACAGGCUGCAGUUGGACAGGCCUCGCCUUGUAGUACCUCACAGUAAUGAAUUGCUAAAGGCUUUGUUGGCAUGGACUCUGUCACAGACUGCUGACUAUGGAGGUUGGAUAUUGACCUGUCUGGGGAGCGUUGUUUUAGCAAGGCAGAAACAGUAUUAUGAAAACCUAAAGCGCAACUGGGCCUAAAAAGGAGGGAGGGGGAUAAAGAUCAUCAAUUGACAGUGCUUGUCAAAGUUAAAUCAGAACCGCCUGAGGGUGAUCUGCAUCUUGAGUUGCAGUGGAUACUUGUCUAAAAGGUGGAGGCCGCAAUUAAUGCAGGAUUAAACGAUCCCCGCCACCUUGCCAAUCAGAUGUUGUGCCACGGCGUGCGGCAAUAUAUAGAUUUCAGAUGCGCGGGUGCACGACGACGUGAACUAACUUGAAACUACGAUAGAUUGGAGAUACUGUAGCUGGUAGCCGAUACAGUUGAAAUCGUAAUUGAGCCUUGAAAUAGCUGUUUGCUGACAUCGUUUUCACUCGACAUUUCUUUCAUGCCACUAUUCCAGCUCUUCUGUCUCACGCAUACACACACAGCUUUGUUCUCAACUGAAUCUUUGUAUAAAAAGGAAAAAAAAAAAAACUUUUGUAAAAUUAUGUUUAUGCUUUAUUAAAUUUUUAUUUGGAAUUGUUUUGCAAAAUUGUUAUAUUUCUGUAUGAAUGUAUUUUUUAUUGGAAUAAUAAGAAAUUCUUAUCUGA